AUGGCUACAACCAACAGCGCUACUGUGAGUUUGAAGCUCCUGAUUGACACAAAAAGCAACAAAGUUCUGUUUGCUGAAGCAAGCAAGGAAGUUGUGGAUUUUCUCUUCACUCUUCUGUCCUUGCAUGUUGCAACUGUGACUAGGCUCCUUCUCUCUAAUGGUGGCAUGGUUGGUUGCUUAGGCAAACUUUACGAGAGCCUCGAAAAUCUCAGUGACACAUACAUGCAACCCAAUCUUAACAAAGACUCCCUGCUGAAACCCAAGACUACAAUUUCUGGCGCUAACAUCCUUCAUUUUCCAGCCAACAAUGACUCGAAUGCGCCUAAACGGUUCUACCUCUGUGCAAAUUGCAAGUACCAUAUUUCUGAUAGUCCUUUAACAACUUGUCCAACGUGCAUUCCACGCAAAAUAUCCACCGAGGUGUUUUAUGCUGCUCCUCCACCAGAACCUACUGGAGUGACGUCUGGCAAUAUUAAGAGCGGAUACGUCAAGAGCGACAUUAUGUACAUGAUAAUGGAUGAUUUGGAAGUGAAGCCUAUGUCUACUGUAUCAAUGAUCACAUUGCUUAAAACGUUGAACUUUAAGACGGUUGAUGCUUUUGAAGAGAAAGUGGUUGAUCUUGACAUUAAAGAGGGUUUGAAGUUGGUGAAGGCAUCAUUGGAGUCAAAAACCGCUCUUACAAAUGUUUUCCUUGGUAAUAAAGUGCAUGAAGGUUUCAAUUUCGGUCCUCUAAAGAAAUUGAGCUUUUGGAGGUUCAUUUAG